AUUGAAGAACCAAACAAACUGCCACAAUUUGGAAAGCAAGCUUGCACCAGGUUCAGAAACAUAAAGCUUCUUGUCUGUCUGUGCAAAUUCUGAGCCGCGUGGAUAUUACAUCUCGAAGUCAGAGAAAGAGAAGGAGGGAGGGAGUUAGUGUCGGGUUAUUUCCUCCCCUCGCCAAAUUUCUGUCCGGGGGUCGUUGACACUCCUUCAUAACCCUACUCUUUCGCGCCUCACGCAGAUGGCCAAAGCGCCGUGGGCACAGAAGUCUCCAAUCCCCAGAAUUCUACUUACCUCACCGAACCCCAGUAGACAGACCACCGAGAUAGAGGAUGAGAUCAUAAAAUUGCCUAGUGUUAAUUAUAGUUAUUUCAAUUAAUUCAUUAAUAUAGCCGUAUGGUUUUCUUUCCCCUUUUGUGCAAACUCAUCUACAUUCUAUGUGCACGUCCUCGGGACUCGCUGCACAUCCCCAGCCGGCGUUGGUGAUGCCAUGCCCCGCAACCACAGUGGCGAUGAGGCCGGUACUGGGCUCUGGAUGAAAACCUCUCCAGGGCGUCGGGCUCAGGACUACGGGUUGAACGAUGUGGAGUCUGGACGGAGAUUGAUGAACAACGCGGUUCGAGUCGGAGACGGGAUGCUUUCGCUGGGCCCGGCAGGUGCAGAGGGCGCGGAGAGGCAAAAGGGCGCCCGGUUGAGUUUGCUCGGGAAGCCGCUCAUUUACAGCGCGCAGAGCGGGCGCAGGAACGCGCGCUACCGGCGUCUCCAGAAUUACCUCUACAAUGUGCUGGAGAGACCCAGGGCAUGGGCGUUCAUCUACCACGCCUUCGUGUUCAUCUUGGUGUUUGGCUGUCUGGUCCUGUCAGUGUUCUCCACAAUCCCUGCCCAUCAGGAUCUGUCCACCCACUGUCUGCUCAUCCUGGAGUUUGUGAUGAUCGUGGUGUUUGGGCUGGAGUACAUCAUCAGGAUAUGGAGCGCAGGCUGCUGCUGUCGCUACAGGGGAUGGCAAGGACGCCUCCGCUUUGCCAGGAAACCCUUCUGUGUCAUAGACAUAAUUGUCCUCAUAGCUUCCAUUGCUGUGGUGUCCGCUGGUAGCCAAGGUAACAUCUUUGCCACCUCAGCAUUGCGUAGCCUUCGCUUCCUGCAGAUCCUGCGGAUGGUGCGUAUGGACCGCAGAGGGGGCACCUGGAAACUACUGGGAUCUGUAGUCUAUGCACACAGUAAGGAGUUGGUGACAGCCUGGUACAUUGGGUUCCUGGUGCUCAUCUUCUCUUCGUUCCUGGUCUACCUCGUGGAGAAGGAGUUCAACAAAGACUUUGCCACAUAUGCCGAUGCUCUGUGGUGGGGCACAAUCACCCUGACGACCAUUGGCUAUGGAGACAAGACUCCUCAGACAUGGACGGGUCGUCUGAUCUCAGCUGGCUUUGCUCUGAUGGGAAUCUCCUUCUUCGCCCUGCCUGCCGGUAUCCUGGGCUCAGGCUUUGCCCUGAAGGUACAGGAGCAGCACAGACAAAAACACUUUGAGAAGAGGAGGAACCCAGCAGCCAGCCUCAUCCAGGCGGCUUGGCGUCUCUACUCCACCGAUGAUGCCCGUCCCUACCUCAGUGCCACGUGGCAGCACUACCAGGGUGCCCUCUCCCCCUUCAGGAAAGAACAGGGCGAGACAACUAGCAGUAAGGGUCAUAGUAAUAGGAGGAGCUUCAGAAGGAAAUGUAGGAGUACGAAGUUGAGCUUUAAGGAGCGGGUACGGAUGGCAAGCCCUCGCGGCCAGAGCAUGAAGAGCCGCCAGACGUCCAUCAACAACGACCGGCGCUGUUCCCCGGGCAACGAUGUGGCGGGCGCUGAGACGGGCAGCAGCCCUACCAAGGUGCAGAAGAGCUGGAGCUUCAACGACCGCACCCGCUUUAGACCCUCCUUACGCCUCAAGAGCCAAUCACGCACCACGCCCUCCGAGGUGGACACAGGAAUGGGGAAUGAUGACGCAUUCGGCGACAGGGUUUGCCACUGUGAUGUCACCGUGGAGGACCUAUCAGCUCCAUUGAAGGCUGUCAUCAGAGCCGUCAGGAUCAUGAAGUUUCAUGUAGCAAAGAAGAAGUUUAAGGAGACUCUGCGUCCGUACGAUGUGAAGGAUGUGAUAGAGCAGUACUCUGCAGGACACCUGGAUAUGCUCUGCAGAAUCAAGAGUCUACAGACUAGGCUGGACACCAUAGUGGGUCCUCCUCAGCAGCAGCUGCUGAGCCCCAGGGUCAAGACCUUUUCCUCUCCCUCCCUGCACUUAUAUUACAACCAGGCCAGGAGGAAGUCCAUGCCAGGGACGAAGUCUGUCCCAGGACUGGCCACUGGACUGGGCCCCACCCUGAGCAGCAAACCUGGGAACAUGUCCUCCCCCUCCCUGCAAUUAUAUUACAGCCAGGCCAGGAGGAAGUCCGCCCCAGGGAUGAAGUCCCCAGGGGUGGAUCAGAUACUGGGUAAGGGCCAGAUCCCCAUGGACAAGAAGAUCAGGGACAAGCUGCACCCUGACGGGGACACUCUGCAGGACAUGAGUAUGCUGGGACGUGUGUGUAAGGUGGAAAGACAGGUGACAUCCAUAGAGUCAAAGCUGGACUCUCUGCUGGAUGUGUACAGGCAGGUGUUACAAAAGGGUUCGUCUACCCUCACCCUCUCCUCCCUGCCCCUGUUCGAGCUGGAGCAUCAGACCUCCGACUACCAGAGCUCCGUCCGCAGCAAGGACCUGUCCUCCAGCUCCCCCCUGGGAGGGGAGGGCGGAGGGGGGCAUGGAAGUGGUGGGGGGAUGUCCCAGUCAACAACAGGCCACCAUCUCUCCAGGGGCCUCCAGCUCAUCCUGGCCCCCAGCGAGCUCACCCUCAACACCUGCCCCCCCUCCUACCCUGCCUCCACUGCAUCCCUCACGCCCUCGCCUCUCCUGCCCCCUGACAGCCCCUACCCGCUCCUCACCACGGCCAGUAGUUUCCCCAGGCGAGCGCACUUCCCUGACCUCCCACCCCCUCCACCAUCCGCUGGUGCUGCCACCCUUCAGCUGCCCCCCACGGGCCCCCAGCAAAGACGUCCCCUCAGCCCCACCCCGGAUGCUACACGAGGGGGUAGGCUGGAGCAGAGCUCAGGCCUCUCUAUGGUGGUGGACUCCGGGGUGGAUGAUGGAGAGGAGGGGGACAGAGAGGGUGGACAUACCCGGGGCAGGGUGCAGCUGAGGGGAAGGCCCCAUUUGAGGGAGGAGGGCCCCUGGAGGAGGCACAUGAGCCUGGAGGUGGACCCCAUGCUGGUGCUUUCCUCUGGAUGUGACGGGGAGCCCUCGGAGCAGGGACAGGGGCUGGGGAAGUCCCUGUCGGCACACAACCUCACCCAGCCAUCUGCGGACAACCCUCCUAACCUGUCCUCCCCCCUCGGCAACAGUAGCAGUUUUAGUGACGACUCCCAUGGCGACCCCGACGCUAGCAACUGGGGCGAGACUGACCUUUUCAUCACUGGGUGUGACCUGGAACCGCAGGAGGACCAGUUUGACUUCCUGUCCCAUCCCACAGCGGAUGGUACUGGCAGCUUGGACCUUCUGCGGACUGAAGAUGGGGGGUCCUUAAGCAGUCUGACUGGUCUCCGCACCCCCACAACGGGCAGUGCAGAGUCCCUCAACCAGCCUACCCACGUACGACUAAAAUAACUAUUCCAUAGGAGUGAAUAAGAGGGGGGGGUUUCUCACUCUAUUCAAUCAAAGAUUUCAGGCUCACUUUAUGCUCCAAUACAUAUCAUUGCAUGGACUAUUUCUUAUUU